UUGUAUUAAUAUCUGCCGGCAGCGGGAUGAUGGAAUUUGCGUCAUUACGUCAUUGUGAAUGACGUCAUUACGUCAGGACGUAAAAGAACUGGUGAACUGGAUUUUUGAACUGGUUCAUUAAAUCGAACUGUCCGAAAGAACCGGUUCGCAGAAAAGAACCGAACUUCCCAUCACUAUCGCAAACCCGCUCAUGACGCUCCACUCGCUCCGUUUCUCUCACCGUCCCUCACGCAUGCGCAGAGAGACAGCGCGAGAGAGAGAGAGAUAGAGAGAGAGAGUACGAGGAGCAGGAUUUAAAAACGAAAGUAAAAGCUCAUGUUUAUUUUUUCUCUCGGACAGAUUUGUAAAUGUGACACUUUACACAUUAUUCAGUUGUUACUGGUUUAUCUGCAGUUUUCUGAGCACACAGUGUGAUCUGCCAUGAUGUCGGCUGUAGCACUGAGAUGGGUUUUACUCUUACUUUGUUUAUCUCUCAGCCAUCAGACUGGAUUAUUUUCAGUGAAGGUUCAUUCUCAGGUCUCAGGGCUGCUUGGUUCCUUUGUGUAUCUUUACUGUGGUCUUGAAAACAACAUGGAUGCUCGACCCCUGGAAGUCCGCUGGUACCGUCCCGAACUGCAAAACACCCCAGUUCUGCUCUACAAGAACACACAGCUCCAGAGUCCUGUAGAUGUUCAGUACCAGGGCAGAGUGUUCCUCAAAGGAAAACUGGAGAAAGGAGACGUCUCUCUGAAACUGGAGAACCUGACGCUAGCAGACAGUGGAGAUUAUGUGUGCCAUGUGAGCAGUGAUAACUGGUAUGACAAGGCUAUGGUGUCCCUCAUAGUGAGAGUGGUGGGAUCUACUCCUGUUAUCUCCUUAAAUGAAGCAGGUGGAGGCCAAGUGAACGUUAGCUGUAAAUCACAUGGAUGGUUACCAGAGCCGUCAAUCAUCUGGACAGAUAAAGAUGGGAGAGAUCUGAAACCUCUCAGCAAAGACAUGUUCACUACCAACUCUGAAGGCUGUGUAGAUGCGAGCUCGUGGCUAAUUGUGUCUCCCUCGGAGUCUGAGUGGGUCUCCUGCUCUGUUGGUUUGUCUGAUCUGGAGAGAAAAGACAGCAGAAUGAAGUUAUAUGUCCCUGCAGCUGUGACAGAGUCAUUGAAUGGAUACUUCAUUGCGAUUCCCAUUCUGCUGCUGCUGCUGCUGCUGUGUGCUGCUGGAAUUGCAGUGUAUUGUGUGCUUCGUAAAAAAGGUGUCAACAAAAGUAGAAGGAACAGAAAACCCAACAAUUACUCUGAAGGCUGUGUAGAUGCGAGCUCGUGCCUAAUUGUGUCUCCCUCGGAGUCUGAGUGGGUCUCCUGCUCUGUUGGUUUGUCUGAUCUGGAGAGUAAAGACAGCAGAAUGAAGUUAUAUGUCCCUGCAGCUGUGACAGGUCUGAGUUUCUUCAAGAACAACAAGGCAGAAGAUACAGAAGGGACUCCAUCAGAAACUGAACCUCUGAACGCAAUCCGUGUGGACAAUCCGGAUCAGGAUGAAGCUACGUCUAUUGUGGUUGUAGAUCAAAAUUCUGUGCAAAGGGCAGAAAUACCACCAACUCCAACUCCAGAUCCCAAUCAACAGAAAUCAUCUGAGCAGCAGAAUCCUGAAGCAGCUGCCAGACCUGAAGCCACCACCUCCAGCACCACACCUGCUUCCAUUAUCUCAAAUAUUACACCUGCUUCCACUGCCUCAAACACCACACCUGCUGCCACCACCACAAAAACCACACCUGCUGCCACCACCUCAAACACUACACCUCCUGCCACCACCUCAAACACUACACCUGAUGCCACCACCUCAAACACUACAUCUGCUGCCACCACCACAAACACUACACCUGAUGCCACCACCACAAAAACCACACCUGCUGCCACCACCACAAAAACCACACCUGCUGCCACCACCACAAACACCACACCUGCUGCCACCACCUCAAACACCACACCUGCUGCCACCACCACAAAAACCACACCUGCUGCCACCACCACAAACACCAUACCUGCUGCCACCACCUCAAACACUACAUCUGCUGCCACCACCUCAAACACCACAGCUGAUGCAACCACCUCAAACACCACACCUGAUGCCACCACCACAAACACACCUGCUGCCACCACCAAAAACACCACACCUGCUGCCACCAUCACAAACACCACACCUGCUGCCACCACCUCAAACACCACAUCUGCUGCCACCACCUUAAACACUACACCUGCUGCCACCACCACAAACACCACAUCUGCUGCCACCACCUCAAACACUACAUCUGCUGCCACCACCUCAAACACUACAUCUGCUGCCACCACCACAAAAACCACACCUGCUGCUACCACCACAAACACCACACCUGCUGCCACCAUCACAAAAACCACAUCUGCUGCCACCACCUCAAACACCACAUCUGCUGCCACCACUUCAAACACUACAUCUGCUGCCACCACCACAAAAACCACACCUGCUGCCACCACCACAAACACCACACCUGCUGCCACCAUCACAAAAACCACAUCUGCUGCCACCACCUCAAACACUACAUCUGCUGCCACCACCACAAAAACCACACCUGCUGCCACCACCACAAACACCACACCUGCUGCCACCACCUCAAAUACCACACCUGAUGCCACUACCACAAAAAACACACCUGCUACCACCACCUCAAACACCACACCUGAUGCCACCACCACAAAAACCACACCUGCUACCACCACCUCAAACACCACAUCUGCUGCCACCACCUCAAACACCACACCUGAUGCCACCACCACAAAAACCACACCUGCUACCACCACCUCAAACACCACAUCUGCUGCCACCACCUCAAACACUACAUCUGCUGCCACCACCACAAACACCACACCUGCUGCCACCACCACAAAAACCACACCUGCUGCCACCACCACAAACACCACACCUGCUGCCACCACCUCAAACACUACAUCUGCUGCCAGCACCUCAAACACCACAGCUGAUGCAACCACCUCAAACACCACACCUGAUGCCACCACCACAAAAACCACACCUGCUGCCACCACCACAAACACCACACCUGCUGCCACCAUCACAAAAACCACAUCUGCUGCCACCACCUCAAACACUACAUCUGCUGCCACCACCACAAAAACCACACCUGCUGCCACCACCACAAAAACCACACCUGCUGCCACCACCACAAACACCACACCUGAUGCCACCACCUCAAACACCACACCUGAUGCCACUACCACAAAAAACACACCUGCUACCACCACCUCAAACACCACACCUGCUGCCACCACCACAAAAACCACACCUGCUACCACCACCUCAAACACCACACCUGAUGCCACCACAAAAACCACACCUGCUACCACCACCUCAAACACCACACCUGAUGCCACCACCACAAAAACCACACCUGAUGCCGCCAACUCAAAAACCACAGCUGAUGCCACCACCAAAGGAAGAAAGAGAAAAAACACUGUAAAUAAAUCAGAAAACUCAUCUGACAAAGCUGAAGGAAGAGAAACAAAGAGUUCAGCAAAGAGGAAAGCUGAACAACCUGCUGAAGGUCCAGAGACCACAAAACGUCUCCAUCUGCAACAAUACAGUGAAGGGGAGAACGAUUACGAAAUGGUGUGUGUGCAUGGGGAUUACACGGAUGUGGAGAUGAAGGAUGAAUCAUGUAAUGAGGAAAAUCAUAUGGACUGAGACUGAAGUUUAUUAUGAUUCAGCCUUCAAGAUUAUUUACUGAUUAUCUUACAGUAUAUGGAUGAAAUUCUUAACUUUUUUGGUUGUUAUUUUUAUACAAACACUUCAUGUACUGUAAAGACGUGAUGUUCCAGAUGUUGUUUUUUGCUGCCUGUAAUUUUCACAAAUAUCACAAUCAAUAAAGAUGGCUUUUUAUUGGUUGGA